AUGAAGUCCGCAGCCUCAGUUAUUUCGGGCGUCGGAGCCUCUAGUAUCCCAUCUACCUCUGCCUCAGCCGGACUCCCUAACAUGACGAUGACGCCUAAAGAUGCAAAUGCUGCGGAAGCUAUCGCGAAAUCUCGCAGCGUUCGAACACAGGCGGCCUAUGAAGAUCAGUUUCAAAAGAAGAAAAAGCGCUACUUACGCACGGCGGCUGGAAUGGUUUGGGAGGAUCCGAACCUUAACGAAUGGGACCCAAAUGACUUCCGAAUGUUCUGCGGUGACUUAGGCCAGGAAGUCGAUGAUGAAACUUUGCGUCGUGCAUUCAGCCACUACGAAUCUUUUAAAAAAGCCCAUGUUGUUCGUGACAAACGCACGAACAAGUCACGUGGUUAUGGAUUUGUCAGUUUCUCAGACCCAAAUGAUUUCACACGAGCUCUUCGAGAAGUAAACGGUAAAUACGUUGGUAAUCGACCGAUAAAGCUGAAGAAAAGUAACUGGCGCUCUCGACAAUUGGAAGUCCAGAAGAAAAGGGAUAAAGAAAAGAAAAAGCUUGGACUUAAAAUAUGA